UUCUACAAGAAUAUAUUUUUUACAAAUGAAAAGAGUAUUAACACUUUUUUCGCUAAGGUAACCACUUUUGCAUUGAACUACUUUUUUUUACUAAUCUAGAUAAGCUACAAGUUUAUUAAUUUUUUCUGAAGAACGGAAGACUUCCAACUUCCAAAAUAAUCCACAGCUCCGUUUUGGAAAGAAAGACUUAAUUUAUGACCAUAGUCUAAUUUUCUUGAAAUUAAAUAUUAUACUAACCACAACUGUGCCAAAUAUAAUGCCCAUUUACUUUCAAAUUAAUUAAGAAAAAAUAUUGAGAAAGGCAUGAAUUGGACUUUCAGUAUCUCACUGGAAUAUUUUUAAAUUUUAUAUGAUAUCAAACUUUUGAUCAGCACACUAUACACGUUCAAACCGUUUAACAAUCGAGGCGAGGCCAUGGCCAUAGCGAAACAAUUAUUGCAAUCGACUCUGAUACGCAAAUCGAUUCGCGCGCCUGGCGAAGUAAAACAUCGAAAUUUGCUGUCUCGAAUGAUCAUUGAUAGCCAUUAGAGCAACUCGGCAACUAAUAAUACGUAGACAAGGAGUGGACGACAAUGAUCCGCGAAGUAAAUAAGUUAAGGAGCGAAAAUAAAAUGAUCGUUGUGGUAAUGUCUUCGCAUAAUCGUCGCGAUGACGUGUCGAGAAUUAUGCGUGCGGCGUAAACAUCGCUGACAGCAAAGUACAGCGAAGCAACAUUGGAACGAGGCUACGAAAGUACGAAGUGACGCAAGUGACACAGCGACAAAACACGGAUGCUCGAUCGCUCGAUGACGCUGAUGACGGACGGAUGAUGACGGAUCUCCGUGAAGUUGGCCGCCCAUCGCGAGAACGUCAGCUGACUUCAGGCUGAUCAGAUGAUCGCCGCAUCGCCGCUGACGCGCACGACUUCGCGCGCGUCGCGUUCGAAAGGAUUGCCGCGCACUCUGCAAAACUACUCCACGCUCAAUAUAUUAUUAUUUCAUAGAACGAUAUACGAGGAAACGGCGCGGGCGAGGAGAACGAGAACGCCUUUCUAACGCGGCACCGAGCGCAUUUUUUUCUGUCUUGCAUGCAUCAAUGAUCACAGGAUGUUCGCCGUGACCUGCUUUAAUUUUGUCGCGAUUACGCUGACAUGUAAUGCUGCCGCCGUGGUCGCGCGUCCGAACAUCUUACUGAUCAUCGUCGAUGAUCUGAGAACUACUUUGGGAUGCUAUGGCGACGUUAACGCGUACACGCCGAAUAUAGAUGCCCUGGCCGAGGACAGCGUUGUCUUCACCGAAGCAUUCGCCCAGCAAGCGUUAUGCGCGCCCAGCAGAAACUCCUUUCUGACAAGUAGAAGACCGGACACCCUUCGGCUUUACGAUUUUUACAACUACUGGCGCGACGAGGCGGGUAAUUACACCACGUUGCCAGAGCACCUGAAAAACAAUGGAUACACCACGAUGUCCAUAGGGAAGGUGUUUCAUCCAGGCAUAAGUUCUAACGGAUCGGAUGACAGUCCCUAUUCGUGGACCGAGAAGCCUUUCCAUCCGUAUACAGAUCGGUACAAGAAUGCUCCGGUCUGUAGGACAAGUUCGCAAUCGGAGGCGGCAACAAAUCUCAUAUGCCCGGUACGCGUUUCAACCAUGCCGAACAAAACGUUACCCGAUGUUGAGACAUUACGAGAGGCGAGAAAAUUCAUACAUAAGCACAGGAAAGACUCCGAUCCUUUCUUUCUGGCUGUUGGCUUUCAGAAGCCUCACGUACCACUCAAGUAUCCUGAACGCUAUCUAAAAUAUCAUCCCAUAUGGAAGUUCAAAGUGCCCAAACCGUACCUGUGGCCGGAAAAUGUAAAUAACGUUGCAUAUAAUCCUUGGACCGAUCUUCGAUGGCGAAAGGAUGUAGCAAGAUUAAAAUUGAAAUUUCCCUGGGAAAGGAUACCAGAAAAAUUCGCUAAGCAAAUUAUUCAAUCGUACUACGCAGCCGUAUCUUACAUCGAUAAUAUGAUCGGCAAGCUUAUACAUCUGCUAUACGUCUCGACGAUCCGAGAAAAUACUAUUGUAAUAUUAACAUCCGAUCAUGGUUGGGCACUUGGAGAACAUGCUGUCUGGUCUAAAUAUAGCAAUUUUGACGUUGCCGUGCAUGUACCUUUGAUAAUAUCAAUUCCAACGGUUACGUCUGAUACCGAUAAUUACAGCGCUAUACCUACAGAUCAUACAAGAUAUAAUGCGCAAAUUACAAACAAUGUUACAGAAUACGUAAGGAAAUAUAAAGAAAAUCUUUCCGGAGUAUAUAUUCAACAAGGACGUAAUAAAUCUACCAGGAACAGUGCGUUACAUCUCAAAAAACACUGUCGAGUUACAGAAGCUACUGUGGAACUCGUCGAUAUAUUUCCGACAGUCGCGGAUCUAGCGGGUGUUCCCAUACCGAUAUGUCAAAUUAACGAUACAGACGACGAUCGGUCGCAUUCGAGAAAUGUUCUUAUUUCUCGAAAAAAAACGCUCGAUCUUUGUGGCGAGGGUAUCACACUCUUCCCACUUAUAAAAAGUACCUUGGAAUGUCAGACCAUACCUUGGAAAAAGGCAGCAUUCAGUCAGUAUCCAAGACCAGGUAUUCAACCUACGCUCCGUCCUAACAGCGACAAGCCACGUUUGAAAGAAAUAAAUAUAAUGGGCUAUAGUUUGAAGACCAGUGAUUAUCGUUACACCGCGUGGAUACCAUUCGCACAUGAGACAUGCAAACCAGAUUGGGACAUUAUUAUCGCGGAGGAAUUAUAUGAUCACAGAAUUGACAGGGCGGAAGAUUUUAACAUAGAGGCCUCGCCGAAAAUGUUAAAAACAAAAGAAUAUCUCAGAGUGUUGCUAAAGGAUGGAUGGAGAAAUGCUCUUCCAAAAUAUCAAAAUCGUAACACAACAUCCUGAUAUUACAGUGCAAUGAACAAUAUUUAGCGUUAUAUCUAUAUUUUAAAUACUUGAGAGAAUUCUCUGUCUGCGCGUAUAGUAUAUGUAAUUAAUAAAUUAUAUGAUCAUAUAUUGAAAUUGAACAGAAAUGCGUGCUAAUAGUCAAUCAUAACUUACUUACGAUAAGAAAAUGUAAUUUUUUAGGAUAUUUACUAUCAAUGUAUAUGUCUAUCAAAAAUGUUUGGAAAAUACUAUAUACACCUAAUAACUAAUAAUGAAAAACAAGAAGCAAUCUAACAAUAGAUUAAUAACCUGCAAAAUGUAGAUUUUUUUUUAAGUGACUUAUGUAAAGCCUCGCUACAUGUAAAGAUCUUGCAAUACAUGUGAACUAUAUAA